AUGACCAGCAGAAUUUCACCCAUAUCGGAUAUAGAAACCCUGUCUAAGUGUGCACGACGCUUUCGUGCAACCCUUUCUCCUAUACGCGAGGAAGAAGAAAGUGCAUGCGAUUUAUGCAAGAAGGACCAUCGCUUGGUGACAUGCAUAAAGUACACUAACAUGAAUAUUCAUGAGAAGUACAACCCAAUGUUCAACGUGCAAUGGAAAACACCGUUCUUCCCUUCGCGGCCACCCAAGAUUCAACACCAAGGUGGACACAAAACACCAGAAAAAAGAAAAAAAACUCACGCUCCACCCGCUAAUGCUAAAAUACCGUCAUUACUGGCCAAGCAGACCUUAAUACCGACGGCAAUCGUGCGGCUCAAGCAGGACGGCAUAUGCCAUAAGGUUCGACCCUUAAUAAACCCGACCCAAAAAUUUACAACCGUUGCACAUGAUCUGGUAAAAAAGCUCAUCGUAUAUGCAACAUGCAACUGGUGUAACAGUUUAAUCAGUAAGGAUCUGCCCAAACAGCCAUAUGAGCGGGACUUAAGUGGCGAAGUAAAAAACCGAUUCGAUCACUUAGUCCUCGUUUACCCACUCAUCCUCAGAAGCGGAGUGUUCAAUCCGGACAAUGGCAUGGUCGUAGCCCAGAACACAGUAUUUGGUUGGACUCUAACCCUAACUUCGCUACUGAAUGAUUUUAACCAAUUUAAAUUAACUGAGUUAUAUAUGUAUAUCCACCCCACUAAUUUCAAAUUUAUUCGCAGAUAUUGCAAGGCGGCCGCGAUGUUUAUUCCAAAUAAACACAUCCCUGCAUUAUCCUCCUAUACUCCGAAAAGCGAAGGAAGGAUAAUGAAGGAAUGA